GGUUGCAUGGAAACUGAAAUCCUGAAAAUUGUUAUGUCAAAAUUAUGAUAAACAUCAAAGAUACACAAUAAACAAGUUUCAGCAAUUUAAUGAGAAUUUCAACUUUCCUUAGAAAAUAAAACUUAAAUAAUUAUAUAAAAUGAGUGCUCCUGCCCCAAAAGCUUCACCGGAACCACGUCCAUCAGAACCGAAACCAGCAGAUCAAGAUGCGCCUAGUCUAGUGGUUGCACCACUGGAACCAGUGGAAGAAGUUAACGAAAAUAUCCCCAGCGAAAUAUUUGAGCGUCCGUAUGAGGAAGACCACUUUAUCGAAAAUCCCGCUAAAAUAUUCGGGCUAAAGGAAAUCUUAGAACCGUUAACUAUACCUUCGCUAAAUAAUGUUAUUUAUGAGCUUGGAAUCGUUAAUAUGUGCUGGCCAGAGAUCAGUGAGCCGGUAUUCGAGACUCGGACAUGUUUUCCUCCAAGCUACUACACAAAUAGUACGAAGGAGCGGUUACUAUUGGCUUAUGCAGAGAACUUCCGGCGACAGUUUAAUUUUCAUUUUAAAAUGCGAAAGCCCCUCUUGUUGCAAGUGCCUAACGAAUGUGGUUUGCAGAAAAUGGUGUGCACUUCAAUACGGCCGACUAAGCUGUGCUUUGCUGACACCAACUCUUGGCAAGGGGUUGCAUCUUUAGUAUCAGAUUACUUCGACUACGAGCCUUUAACUAAACCCACAUUACACCCGGAACGCCUAAUAUCUCCCUACACGGCGAUCGUCCGACGAAGCGCGAACCCCUUCGAGCUGGCACAUGUCCUCGUUUCCUGGCUGAUCGGCGCUGGGUAUGAUGCUUACGUGGUGGUGGGCUGUGCCACGCGGGAUGUCUGCAUGGCCAUCAGAUACCGCACUAUUUGUCCUGAGAUACCUGAUGAGAAUGAGAAAGUGGAAGAACCACCGCCCCCAGAAGAAGAACCUCGCUACAAGCUGGUGCCUCUACCAGACCUUACCUCCAAGUAUGUCCAGGAAAUGGACAACAAGGAGGCCGAUAAGAUCCAGGGAGAAAUUGAUAAAGUUGAGAAUGAGAGGCGCAGGAAAAUUGCUGAAUUGGAAAAGCCUCCGCCAGAUGAAAUGGAUGGCUGGCGCACCCACGCCUGGAUCCUGGUGUUGCCACCGUUCAUGGGUGUCGAGGAACCGUUCUUCAUUGAGCCCAGCGAGGGGAACGGCUACCCUUUGAAUGCGGAGCAGUACCAACACAUCGAGAGUGUCUAUAAUAAUGAGAAUUAUUAUGUAAACAUUCAACCAGAGUCCGAAGAAGGUCUAGGCGCCCUCAAAUACGAUCUCAGCGACAUCACCUGCUGGGAACACCUCCUGGCUGGCGAGCCCUUCUACAGGAGACAGAUGGUGGGCAUCGACACCUCUGACAUGAGAACCGCUUCUGACACUGAAAAGCAUCUGGAUAUGCCGUGCAGCUGGGUUGAGAAGCUCGAUAUUAGUGCUGAUGAAUACGAACAACGUUAUCCUGGCAGUCAUAAGGUCAUCCAUUACAAGAAAGUAUUGCUGGAAAGGUUCUCUCCGUAUUCUCAAAAGGAUGGUAUCAUCAAACGAGUUAAGAUAUUUGAUGACUACGCACUCUCCGUUCCUUUGAUCACUUACGAAUGGUACAAACAGAGAGCAGACAAGAUGCUGACUGUGAAGAUUGACCACAACAAGCGAGAAAUUAAAGAAAUAUUCGGCAUUGGCAGGAGAGAUCACCUAUUGAAGCACGUUUACUCAAUGGAUGCUCCAGCUACAUCUGUGGAGGGUGACCGUGUGAUGGAGUUCAACUACUAUCCUCGGAUAGACCACCUCACUAAGCUCGUGUGCACUCCUCUGAUAUUUGAGGAACACUACACUGACAGGGAUGAUAGACUAGAAUCCCGCGUAAUAGUCUACACGGAAGGUACCAAACAGGAGCCAAAGCGUCAAGUGAAGGACAUAACGGAGACCUACAGCCGCAAUCACGACAUACCAGCUAAGAAGGACGUCUGGAAGAAGAUCUUCCACAUUCAGGACAACACCAUCGAACUGCUGUAUCAGUACGCGUACAACUUCGUGACUAACGAUAACCGGUUCUUCAUCAAACCUAAUCUGGCUGAAACUGGAGGGAAGAUCCUGUUUUAUCCGGAUAAGACUUCGGGAUAUAUUGCAGACCCCACAGCCCCUCGGCCACGGAACCUAGACGUGUAUUACGCAUUAUGCGAGAACAUAGACUGGGAGUACAAGACGACCAAGCACAUCAGAGACCGGGAGACAGACGUGAACAGCUACCUGCGACAGCGCCAUCGUGAACUGAAGGAACCCACGUUGGAUGUAGCACUUUACGAUACUGAGAGGAAUGAGGCCGCCAAGAAAGGAUGGACUGAGAGGGAAAUCCAAAAAGCCGAAGUGACAGAACGAGAGAAGGAGGCAGAGAUAGAUCCUCUAGCGCCGUACCUAGCUAGAAUGUUUGGUUCAGGACACGGCACUGGUGCUCAAGUGUCAGUCAAGGAAGCUACUCUGGUCAGAGAGCAGUGUAUCAAUGACUUCAAGGCUAAGCAGCUGGCGCGACAGAAUCUUGUGCAGGAGAGGUUUGACAAGUACAAUGCUGAAUACAAGGCAAAGAGGCUUUGGUACUUAGCUAACCAGUUUAUCCUCACACCAGAGAAGGAAAGCGCUUAUUUUGCUGCAAGUGCCGAGUUAUCCUUCAAAGUCCACGCCUUGGAGGUAAGACUGACGCGCCACCGGGAUCUCUCAGGGCCCAGAUUCAAGGUGCUCAUGGAUUACCUGGAUAAACACCCACUCCUCAAGGAGUACAAUAAAGCUGCAAGUCAUGGAAAACAUGAAAGGGGCAGAGGAUUCCCAUACCCUUAGAGUGGUAAACUUGGUGUUGAGGUAAGGUGGUAGAAGAGUAUGGAUAUCUACGAUAGUAUAUAUUGAUGUCUUUUUUUUCUCACGUAAGCAAGCGCUAUAUCUGUGUGUGUAAAUGUAAAUGCAUAUUGUCUUUGUAUGUAUGUAUAAGCAAAGGCGCACUCGCUAGUGGCCGACUCGCCAAGUCACACCUGCUUUCGUGGAAUAAACCGUCUAUACCAAUAUCAACAAACAAUUGUGAGAUUAAAAUCAAGAUGGCUUUUGGAUGCGUCUUGUUACACAAUUUUAUUUCUGACGGGAAUCCCCUAAAAAUACUUUUUAUAGAUAGAAGUAUUUCAUUCUAAUUUUAAAUAGGACCCCGUCUAGAAUUUCUUUUAUAAUAUAUUUACAA